AUGUCCGAUCUCGAAACUGUCUCGUCCUUUGUAGCGGGAGCUCCUCCAGGAGAGCUCGCCGAUGUUGUCGCAGAUAUCAAGUCCCUCACCCUCGACUCCCCCGAUCUCUUUUCCAGCCUUGGUCCCGCGUUCGAAAAGUACAAUGAGGAACAGUUUGUUACGGUGAAGCUGCCUGGUAGCAGCCUACCAGUUGUAAUUAGCUCUCACAACUCGCUCGGAGACGGCCGAUACUACGAUGUCGAGAGCUCUUCCAGCUUCGCCUUCGACCACACCACGCAGAAAGCUAGUGCUGUGCAAAGCCAUGUCUUGGAGGGAGCUCAAGCAGAUCUUGUUAAAUCCACCCUCAAGAGCAUCGGACCUUACGUUGACGAACACUUCGCCAAUGCUGCGCAUGGAGUCUACCCAAUUGAGUCCGACUCCAAGAUCGCCAUUGUUAUCGUCGGCAACAAAUACAGCCCCAACAACUUCUGGAACGGACGCUGGCGAUCACUCUACAUCCUGGAUCCUUCAUCCGGCACCCUCGAGGGCUCCCUUAAAGUCGACGUGCACUACUACGAGGACGGAAACGUGCGCCUCCUGACCAACAAGCCCGUCAACAGCACCAUCUCCUCCGUCAACGGCACCGGAAUCGUCAAGGAGAUUUCCACAACAGAGAGAAAGUACCAGGAGGAGUUGAACAAGGGCUUCGUGAGCCUCAGCGAGGGAGCGUUCAAGGGUCUGCGACGACAGCUCCCGGUGACGAGGCAGAAGAUCGAGUGGGACCGCGUGACGAGCUACCGGCUGGGCCAGGAUAUUGGCGGCGGAAGCUCGAGGCGAUAG